ACCUUCCCCCUGGCGGUCGACCGGGUGCGCCUGGUGCUGGAGUGCCUGGAGCUCCGCGCGGCGGCCGGGGCCGUCGCCUGCGGCCUCCUCGCCGACGACACGCACCUCCUGCCGGUGGCCGGGUCGGGCGUGCGCCUGCAUGAGGCCCCGGUGGUGGUGACGCUGCGGCCGCCGGGGGAGCAGCCGCCCGAGCCCGCCGACGCCGGUGCCCCGCCCCCGGCGCGGUGCUACCCCCUCAGCGCCAUGCACUUUCCGGCCACCAGCCUGGGUGUGCUGUUCGCGCCGGCCGGCGGGCCGGUGGCGCGGGCCCUGGCCGCCUGGCGGCCCGACCACCCGGCCGGGCCCUUCUAUGCCGCGGGCAACGAGCGCGUCUUCGAAAUCCGCGUCUGCCGGCGCCCCGUGGUCCCGGGCAUAGCCCUGCGCGCCGGCCGGCGCCUGCUGGCCUCCCUCGGCGCCGGCCUCCAGGGGCGCCCCUUGGACUUGGCCCUGUGCCAGGCGCCCACCGGCCUGGGCGUGGUCUGGCUGGACACCGACCUGCCCGGCUGCCCGCCGGACCGCGCUCGCAUGCUGGCCCAGCUGGCCGGGGCCCCGCUGCGCGUGGGGCAGGUCAUCGACCUUGCCUCGCCCAAGUGCUCGGUCCGCGUUGUGCGGCUCAUGAGCCGCCAAUUCGCCGACGUGCCGUCCGGCGUGGCGCACACCACCGGCCCCGAGCCGACCCUCCUCCAUGUGCACGCGCCGCGCGGCCCGGCCACCGGGCCCCGCCGGCUGGUGGCCCUGCCACCGGAUCGCGCCUCCCCCGAGCUGGUCCUGCUGGAGCCGGCCCCCGGGGCCGUCGGCAGCCCGGCCGGGCGACUGCUCGUAUCGCCGGGGGCCUUCCGCCGACUUGCCGGCCCGGCGGCGGGCCCGGGCCGGGGCGCCGUCCCCUUCGCCGCCGCCGGGGCGCAGUUUGAUGUCUGCCCGGACGAGGGCGUGCCCCGCUUCGCCAUCCUGGUCCCGCCGGCCGACUGGCCGGCCUUCGCCCUGCCCGGGGGUCUGCCACUGCGGCUGGACCCUGCGCCGGGCCUGCCGGUGGCCGCGCGCGUGGACAUCCGCCUUGCCGGCGACCCGGCCGCCGCGCGGGCCCUGCCCUGCGACGAGACGCUCAAGCGGGCCUUCCUGGCCGCCCACGCCGGGGCCACCAUGCGCCUGGACCGGCCCUUGACUUUCGCCUGCCAGGGCAUCGCCCUGCAGGCCGCCAUCCAGCGGAUCGCAUGGGCCGGCUCGCCUGACCUUGCCCGGCCGGCCGGGCUCCUGCCCAUGGACAGCCACGCUGCGGCGCAGUGCCUCCGGUUCCUGGCCCCGGGCAGCCCUCGGCCCAGCCCUGGCCGGUGGCUGCUGGUCGACCGGCCACACGCCGGCCCCGGGGCGGAGCACGGCCCAUGCCUCGAGGCGAGGCCCAUGCCGCCGGGCGUUGCCGUGGCGCCCGGCCGGGCCAUCGUCAGCCCGGACACCUACCAGCACCUGCGCGGCGGGCUCCCGGGCCGGGGCGACGUCUUCCUCACCUGGGGCGACCGGGCGCUCAUGAUCGCGCCCGGCCCCUGGCCCGGGGGCCGUCUGCCCGCCGGCCAGGUUGCCCUCAGCCCGGACAGCUGGGACCGGCUCUUCGAUGGGCAGUGCUUCCGCCGGGUCGGCCUUUCGGCCUCCCUGCCGCGUGUGGCCCUGGUCGAGGUGCAUCUGGCCCAGGGCGUGCCGGGGCUCAUGUUUGCCUCGCACCCAGGCCUCGUGGCGGCCUUCGUCCAAAUGCUCGACCGGUCGGAGCUGGACCUGCCGGUCCAGGAUACGACCCUGCGCGCGCGCCUGGUCCACUUGGCCGGCGCCGACCUGCGGCCCCUGGGCUCCGGGCUGCUGGACAUGCACCAUGCCCGGGCCUUCAUUUACAUGAGCGCCCCGGGGGACGAUUUCCCGGUCCUCGACCGGCCGGCGUCGGUCCUGCUCCGGGCACCGCUCCUGGCGGGGGACCUGCGCCUGCCGGUCGUAUUCGGCCGGGACCCGGGCCGGCCGGAUCGCAAGUGCGUCAUGGUCCCGGCCGAGACCCUGCACGCGCUCCAGGCGCACUGUCUGGAAGAUGACCCGGCGCUCCGGGUGAACCGCGAUUACCUGGUCCUCCCGCAUGACCUCGCCCCGCACCCCCCUCACAUCCUCGCGGCCCGGGGGGUCUUCCCGGCCGACGGCAGCGCGAUGGUCCUGUCCUGCACCCAGCUGCCGGAGGUGCUGACGGCCACCUGCCAGGUGGCCACCGGCGGGCAUGCCCCGGGCCCGGAGGACGCCGAGCUGCUGGCGUCGCUGCUGCCCGGGGCCCUGCCCCGAUCGGGCGUCAUUCAAACGCACCAGCGAUACACCGUGGCCCCGGGCCCCGACCGGCCGACGGCCGAGCUGGUCGCCACCUGGCUGACCGACGAGGCGGGAGCCCCAUGCGAGGCCGGGGUCCUGGUGGCCGGGCUGACGCGC